CGGCUGUUCUCCUCCAGCUGGAGUAGAAAGGAGUGAUGUGGUUUUAAGUUGGUGAUGAAUGUCUGACUGCCGAGAGGAAACGACUCUGAGGGAGAUUCCUGCGAUGGCACCAGAGUUACUGACUGUCAUCGUGGCUUCAGUGUCCUGUGUGGCGUUUUGUUUGGUGAUCCUCAUGCUGGUGGUCGUCCUGUACAGGAAGGAUCCUCUCUGCUGCAGAUUCAGACCCUACACAACAGAGCACUACUCAGAUGAACCUCCUCAUUACCGCAGCAGACUCGCUCUGAUGGGCGGCGAUGAGCUCCGCGGGGCCGCGAACCAGGGAGCCGCCGGGCGGCAGGCUCCUGGAGGGGUGUUUGUCAUUGGGAAGCCGAAUGAUUACCACAUGGAGGGGCCGCUGCCGAGGCUGCCGUCGUACGAGAGCGUCCGUAAGAAGGACAGGCAGAGGCGGAUCCACUGUCUGAUCGCACAGCGCUUCGGCCUCAGCGGCUGCCACGAUGAGCCUCCACCAACAUAUGAAGAAACCCUCCACCAGUCCCUUGAUAUUUCAUCUGUAAGUCUGCAGUCUCCGGAUGUUCGCCCGUCAACCCGCCCCCAGGAUGAGUCCUCGAGCCUCAGCGAAGACACACACAACCUCCGUCAACCAUCCACAGCGCUCCGAGGCCCGGCUUCCUCCCACUGCCCGGCACAGAGCUCCAGGUUUCUGUCUCUCUAAUGGCCCCCGGAGCUCUUUGCCAAGACUCGGCAUAAGGAAGGGGGCUACUGUUGUCAGAGCCAAGAGAGUGACGCCAUCAGGGCCAAGAAAAGCGUUUCAGGGAAGGGAACGCUUGUUCUUUGAGUCAGAGCUGUUGAUAGAUCUUUGUGAUUAUUCUCAGAGGUAUUCUCAUGAUAAUGACUCUGACUCGAGCUGUACACUCCCCGAGGGCCAGAAUAACUUAUCUGUGAUUGUCCGUGCGAUUUCUAACCCUUUCCGAGAAUGGUGCAAGGGGAGGACGUUUUUAAAGGUUCGACAAAUGAUGGAUCAGGAUGUUUUUCUACUUAGAUUUUUUAUUAAAUGUCUUUGAAUGUAACAGUUUUUAUGUAACUACCAAUUAAAUCCCCAAUUGAAAUAACAUUUAGACCGACAUGGGAUGCUACAGCUCUCCAGUGAAACCCACAAUAAUCAAAUGCUUUUAGGAUUAAUAAUUCCUCACAGUGACAAACACUUAUAGAACCUCUAUACAAAGGCCCGGUGAAACCAGAACUAAACUAUGCUUCAGAAACUUUUGAUGAUUCAAUAUUUCUGCCUUUAGUUAAAUUUAGUGAACACCAUUUCCCCAAAAGAUCAAAAAAUCUUAAAUAAAACUGUUAAAAUUAUGAAGAUUUCACUUUCUAAUCGCAAGUGACGUGGUGGACGCAGAUUAGUCUUAAAAUAUAAAAAGUAAUCCCAGGAACAUACUUCACUUUUUGACGAUGGCAGAAAUGUUAAAUGAGAGUUUGCACUGAGCUACAGAAGCUAGCCGCGAACUUGGAUUUCAUUCAUCAUUAAAGUCAGUAGCACAUCAUCUUGGAACCAUGAAUAUCUGUAUAAAUAUUUUGUGCCAAUCGACCCAGUAGAUGAUGAAGUAUUUCAUCAGUCAUCAGUCAUUACAGUUAAUCCUCUGGAGACCAUGAAAAUCUGUUCCAAACUUCAUAUCAAUCUAACCGAUGAUUGUUGAGAUAUUUAACUAAGAAAACACAAGAGGAAAAGCCGGGGAUCAUUAAAGUCAGUAGGAUUCAUCAUCUGGGAACCAAGAAUACCUGUUAAACAUUUCCUGCCAGUCCGUCCAAUAGAUGUUGAGAUAUUUCAUUAAAUUCAUUGUACUUCAUCCUCUGGGCACCAUGACGAUCUGUCCCGAAUUUCACGUUAAUCCGUCCAACGAUUGUUGAGAUAUUGAACUAAAAAAACACAAAAGGAAAAGUCGGGGAUCAUUAAAGUCAGUAGGAUUCAUCGUCUGGGAACCAUGAAUGCCUGUUGAACAUUUCAUGCCAGUCCAUCCACCAGUUGUAGAGAUAUUUGGACUGACACACUGACAAACACACUGAAUAUUUUAAAACCAAAUGUCUUACACAAGUUUCUACAUAAUUUCAAAAACAGCAAAAGUUUUGUCGAUGAAGAUAUUCGUACAUCCAAAUGUCUUACACACUGAAUUUUAUCUUGGAUGCAGGUGCGUUUGAAAGUGUCGCCUCAGUCUUGAUCAUCCUAAUGUUUCCGUCUCUCUAGACCUUCGUCAAUGAUUGAAAGACACUCCCGCAGGAGAAUAGUUGUCGCACACCUGGGCACACAAGAUGGGUGGGGCACUGUGUAUUUAAGAUCAUGGUUGUAAGAACUGUUCUUAAAGACCUUUUGACGUAGGUCUGGAGAGACCGAAACACUUGGAUGAUCAGCAAGUCGUGAUGCUGGAGCAGUGUACGGAAAAUUCUUUUUUCAAGACUGAAGAAAAACAUUAAAGUAAAAAUAUUAGUCGUACUGGGUUAAUUAAAAAUCUUAAGGUAAUCCGUCUAAGAGGCGUAUUUGGCAAAAUCAGGUUUUGCUUAAAGUGUAACCGCCCCGCCCUUAUACUUUACCAAUGACUGUUACUUUGAGUUUGAGAGGGAAAGUUCAACAGUUCACGGUUACUGUUUAACUCAGAUCAAACACUAACCACAGAAAACACAAACCCAACACAAAGUACUGUGAACUGUGAAAAUUGUACUUUGCUGUUUGUGCAUCCAUCAAGGAUGACCUGCGCUGAUACUGGCCUGGACUGAGAGGCAAGAAUGCAGAUCUCUCACAACAGCCAGCGGCUAUUCAAUAACUUCACGGCUCAUUUGUUCUUCAUAAAAAGGAAAGACACGGACACUUUCAAACGCUUACACUCGUGGUUUAUGGAAAUUCCUGAGUUUAUCCCCGGUACGUUAUCCGAUCUGGCAGUGGAGUGCGAACAGCAAUUCACCCUCCAACAUCUUUGAAUUAUAAAUUAUAAUGCUGUGUUCUGCAAACUCCUCACAUCCAUCACUACUUCUGCUUCAUGACGGCGUUCCAACUCCCAAACAGUGUACCAGGCGUUACCCACACUCCCUCUGCAUACCUCUGAAAUACAUCUUCUCCCAUUUAUCUCUGUAUCUUUGCUGACGGCUUUUUCAAAGUAAUGCUGACAAAAUAUCUCACCGAUAAGCUUGUACCAUUCACUACAAAUGUUAUAGAGGGAAGAUACCACAGCCUGAGUGGAGGAAGACCUGUAAUCUUCUAAGAUUAACUUUUAACAAUCAUAAACUUGUUUUCCAAAUGUACUUUUAUCUGUAAAACCAAUUUAUGAAGAAAUAAACCUGCAAUUGAAUGCAGUUUGGACACUAAUCAAGCUGAGCAGCACAUAAUGUAGCAGUGAUUGUGCGACAUCUUGUGGUGUGUCUUGUUAUUGCACUUUUUCAACAGUACAGAUAAAGUGUUUUAUUUUUCCUGUAAAGCAUUGUGACAUUCAACACUUGUGACUAAAUGAUUAACAAUUACAGUUAAAGUUAAAAAACACACACUUUGUGAUAAAUUAUAUUAUCACAAUCCAAAAUAAAAAUCUGCAUAAACAGGA